AUGGAGGACGGUCAUGAAAUUUCAAGCUCCACUCAAAAGUCAAAUAACAACCUAAUUUUGGCUCAGUCUUUAAUAAAUUUGAUCGAUAAUCAUUCAGAAGGGACUGACAAGGUUAUGGACGGGAAUAAUGGCGAAACACAGAAGCUUGUAGAAGAAUUAAACACUGAAAUUUUAACGACAUCGACCGCAGCGGUUAAAGCAAAAUUAUCGAAGGAUUCCUCGGCAAAGUUACACGGUAAAAGAGACAAGAUCAUGGAAUAUUGCAGGUACAAAUUUCCUAACUUUCCAAAAGACAAACCCUUACGUAGAAUAACCCGUUCUGGGGGGAAUUCUGCAAACGAGAAAUUGGCGAGUGAUAUUAUUGCCUUAGUGAAAUACUGUUGUUCAGAAGAAAUCACAGUUGAGAUCAAUGAGUUGUUUAAAAAGUCUUCGUCUGUACAUCCUGAAAUGUCGUUCAGUAGCUCGCAAGGUCAAAAAAUAACGAACUGUACUGACAUUGACCAAUUUACGAGUUUAGCUGAAAAUUUAGAUAUAAAAUUGUGUACAUUGAGAGAAGACUUUGAUCAGACUGUGACAUGCCUUAAAGACGAGAUCUCAGAGUUAAAGUCUGAUUUAUGUGCAAAGCAAGCUAAAAUUCAAGCUCUUGAAUCGGAACUUGCCACAUUUAAGGGGAAUUGUAAAUCUUCUUUGGAAAAUACGAAGGCGAAACUAGAAUCAUGUGAGAUUGAGUUAAAUAAAAAUGAAGAAAACAUAGCAAAACAUGAAAGCAAUUUUCAAAAGCUAUCUAAAGACCUUGAGAAACUUAGAAAGGAAACAAAAGAAAUUGGCAAAGUAAAAUCAAUUAGUAAAAACCCAUUAGCGAUAACAAUUGAAAACCAAUCUUCUGAGUCAAACAAAAAUAUAUACGUAGAAGCUGCAAAUACAAUUUUGAGCUCAGAGGAAAUUAAAACAAAAAAAACUGACAAAGCAAAAUCAAUUAGGGAAAAUUCAUUAGCGACAACAAUUGAAAUCCUAUCUCCUGAGGCUAAUAAAAAUACAUAUGCAGCAGCUGUAAACAUAAAUGCAAAUCUGAGCCCAGAAAAUCACUCGAGUGUUCCAAAAACUAAUCCAACAAAACAUAGUUCCAAAGACAGUUCUCAAUUACUGAAACCGGCAAAGGGAAACAACAGCCCGAAUAAGCAACACAGUCAUGAAGCUCAUAGUGAUCAUUCAGCAACAAGCAGUGUUAACGAUGACCAUGAUUUAUUUGUCGGAGUUGAAAAGAGGAAAAUAAAACGACUCUAUUUAGGGGGCGUACGCGAAGGGGUAACAGAUAAGUUAAUUUCAAACUAUAUCAAUAAAAAGGGAAUUACCCCAACGUUUGUAAGAUUAAUGAAAAGCAAGAGGAAAGGCACCGUAGCCGUCCGA